UAACUUUUGAAAUUAAAACUAACACGACAACUACGAGUGCGAGGGCAACCACCCAUUUUCUGGAUAAAGAUGGCGUCAGUUAUCCAGAAAUCAGAGGAGCCGCUGCUUGCUCUUAGAAGCACAGUAAAAACUGUAUCGGCCCUCCUCGACCAGCUUGAAACGGCAAUCAAAGCCUCGCCCGUGACGCAGACGGCCCCCGCCAGCGAUGUUAACGCCUUAUUUCUAGCUCACGAUGCAGCCAAACUCAUUUGCGCCCAUUCGACGAAGCUAUCUUUGCUAAUAAUCAAUACUCCUUUCACGCCUUCCGCCAUCGUCAAAGUCCUGCGCGAGCUGGCGGCCGGCCCACUUCCCUCGCUCGGAACUGCCGUUGAAUUAUGCGGGGCACAUAUAUAUUCAGAUACAAUGCAAAGGGAGUUACAGUGGAGGGUACGUAAGGUUUUUAGCGAGUUUAGAGUACUCCUCAAGGAGAUUCCGCUGGAUAGCAAGGUGUUAACGAAUGACCAAAAGAAUGGCACCGGGAAAACUGUGGGAAAUGGCAGCUUGGCGUCUACGGGCGUGUUAUGGCAGGCCUGUGAUGAUCUAGCGGAGCUGAAGAAUUUGGGCAUUGCGGGUGUGGUUGUGCGGAAGGCUGAGCAGUAUCGGGAUACCCUCAAAGACGCCAUCGAAGAACUACAGGAAUGGGGGGAUGAGAGCGGUGACGAGGACGAAGGCGAAGAUGCGAAUACAGAUGAUGAGGCUGAUGAAGCUAUCCCUAACGCUGCUCAAGACGAUAUGGACGACUUUUUUGGGUCCACCAUGCAUAUCCCAAGCGAUGACCCCGACAAGAUCCGCCCUCGUCUCGAGCUAUUGCUGCGGAGGCUGAAGCUGAUAGCAGUGAUGUUCAGCGCCGUCAUCAAGCGGCGAUUCAAGACGCUAUCCUCAUUGACCUUGUCCGAGUUAUCGACAGGAGGUUAUCCUUUGACACAGGACAAACUGACGCCGCCGAAACCAGGCAGCGUUAUAGCACCAGCAUACCGUGUAGACGCCAGCGUGGAUAUCCUCCGAACCCUCACCGAGUUGGCCGACAACCUUGCCACUGCAUUUUACGACCUCGACGCUGAGGCAAUUGAUGAUGGGAUGGACCAGUGCUUUUCAACCAGUCUUAGAGUAACUGAGUUAUUAUCCCAAGACUGGGCUGGGAAAGAUGAUGCAUUUACCACUUGGGCCCAAACCUUUAAGACAGAGAUGAAGAAAUGAAGCACGGCUUGGAUACACUUAGACAGCGGCACCGUCGAGACAACGGCGUAGCUAUUAUAUUUCGCAGCAAAGCAUACGUGCGUCUGCAAUUAUAGGUGAUGAUGAUAUAGUGGAAACUAUCGUCAGCUUGACUUCUAUCUCAACCUCAUGUUGGCCCAAGUGACCAUGCAUAGCUAGGAAUUGAUGUCCACAGCUCGAUUUUUGAGUGACUGGUUACAGAGUUGCAGAAGACCGCUAUGUGAUCUGUACAGAUAAAUUUUGUAGGCGACACCUACAGAUACUUCUUAGUAUCUCGUCGACAUCUAUGCCAAAGCCCACGGGAUGUUCAAAUCCUCCUCCUGGCCCCUAUUUUGGGGAAGACCCAGGUCUCUCCAAGCUAAUGCAGUGGAAGAUGCAAAUGCUCUACGAGAAGGCUGUCUCAUCUCACAAAGAAGAUACUGUCGGACCAAUUGCAACCGCCACAGGCCCGGCAACGGACUUAUAUCGCCCCAUUACACCAUAAGCCUUGAAGGCGAGGUGACGAGAAGCAGUGGCGGUGAGAAAGACCGGUGAUGUGAAAGCUUCGAGGAAGCUGCGACAGAGCGUGCUUGGUAAUCGUUCUUGCCAUAUUUAAGCUUGAAAAGCUUCAAGGAAGCUGCUUAGUAAUCGUUCUUUCCAUAUAGGGAUUGAAAGUUCUAAGGAAGCUGCGACUGAGCUUGCUUGGUAAUCGUUCUUUCCAUAUUUAAAGGUUAUAAAGCUUCUUCAAGAAAGGUACGACGGGCCGCGACGAGAACUGAAUCCCGUUCGAGAAUGCAGAGUUUCAAAUAUCAACUGCUCCUACCAGUCCGUGCUGCCAGCUAUGCGGGUACUCCUCGUCUUAGCUGCUCAGAUACUUUAAGGGAUCUGUGCUGCGGCGGUGGUGUCUGCCCUCUUCCUGGGACCUCUCAAUGUGGAAACAGGGCCGGGCGGAGGAGCAUCGAUAGUCUGCCCAAACAAUGAUCUUUGACGCAAGUUGUCUGAGAUCUGCACUACAUAGUGUGGCUCAAUGUUGAGCUUGCUCUAGUCAUUGCUGUAUGUGUUGCGUGAUGCGAGAUUCGUGUCGAGGAUGCUUCAUGUGCCUCACUGCUCACAAUCGAUAUACGAUUGUUCCGAACAAGUGGAG